CACUCCUUUGAAACGUAUGACCUGUCUCUGGCCUUGGCGUGCACUGUGUGCGGCUGCUAGUCGUCUGUCGGACUUCAUUAAUUGUAACUAGCUUUCUGUCCGAYCUGUCGGUAGUGUAACUGAGAGCUGUCGCAGCUGAGCCGAGCCACCAUGCUGACAUGUAGGGCUGUAUGGAAGAAGCUUGCACCUCUGGCCAGAGCCUCGUCUACUGUAUGCCGACAGAACGUGAGGAGAGCAGGGUGGAAUAAUGCCAGAACGCCACUGUGUGUGCCUGUGGCGCACAUGUCCACAGGGCCAGUGGGUGGAGGCGGUGACAACCUAAAAUACGCCCUCCUGGUUGGAGCAGCCUUUGUCAGUGGCAUAACAUACGCUGUCAUUACUCUAAAGGGAGACCAGAAAAGACAUGUGGAGCGGAUGACAGAAAUUUCCUCCAGAAAACAGAAAUCAGCCUCACAGAUCCAAACAGAACCUCCAGUCACCGUGAUGGAGGCCCCCCUUGAGACAAUACUUGAAGCUGCCGCUGCACCUGAUGCUGAAGCAGUGGCCCCCAGUGAAACUGCAGAACCACCUCCAGUAGAUGARCCACUGGCAGAAGCCUCAGCAGAAGAGGCAGCAGCUCCACUCACUGAUGCUGGAGUUGAGGAGGCUGCAGACUCCAAACCUUCGUUGCCCUCACACGCCCCCUACCUCCUGAUUGGUGGAGGUACGGCGUCUUUCGCAGCUGCCCGAUCUAUUCGAGCCAGAGACCCUGGUGCCAAGGUACUGAUUGUAACUGAUGAGCCAGACCUUCCGUACAUGAGGCCGCCUCUUUCUAAGGAGCUGUGGUUCUCUGACGACCCCAGUGUCACAGAAACUCUGCGUUUCAAACAGUGGAACGGGAAGGAAAGAAGCAUCUACUUCCAGCCGCCUUCGUUUUACGUUGAUGCGGAAGAGCUGAGCGGUGCGGAAAAUGGAGGAGUGGCUGUCCUCACUGGCAGGAAGGUGGUUCAUAUGGAUGUCAGAGGAAACAAAGUCAAGCUUGACGAUGACAUGGAGAUUUCAUAUGACAAGUGCCUAAUUGCAACAGGUGGGGUCCCAAGGAAUCUUCAGGUAAUCGAAAGAGCUGGAGAGGAAGUGAUCAAGAGGACAACUGUUUUCCGCAAGAUUGACGACUUUAAAUCCCUGGACAAAGUUUCAAGAAACACUCAGUCAAUCACCAUCAUAGGAGGCGGAUUCUUGGGCAGCGAGCUGGCCUGCGCGCUUGGCAGGAGAUCGACGGAGACCGGAUUAGAGGUGAUUCAGAUGUUCCCAGAGAAGGGCAACAUGGGCAAGGUGCUGCCUGAGUAUCUGAGCAACUGGACAACAGAAAAAGUCAAGAAAGAGGGUGUAAAGGUCAUCAGGGAAGCAGUGGUGAAAUCUGUGUCCUUCAAAGAUGAUAAACUAGAAAUCAAACUCAAGGAUGGAAGAGUGGUAAGAACGGAUCACAUUGUCGCAGCCGUCGGCCUGGAGCCCAACGUUGACCUCGCCAAGUCUGCCGGUUUAGAGGUGGACUCGGACUUUGGUGGCUACCGGGUCAACGCAGAGCUGCAGGCCAGGUCCAAUAUCUGGGUGGCUGGAGAUGCAUCCUGUUUCUAUGACAUCAGGCUGGGCCGCAGGCGGGUGGAGCACCACGACCACGCCGUCGUCAGCGGGAGGCUUGCAGGAGAGAACAUGACAGGAGCCAACAAACCUUAUUGGCAUCAGUCUAUGUUCUGGAGCGACCUGGGACCUGAUGUCGGCUAUGAGGCUAUUGGGAUUGUUGACAGCAGCCUGCCGACUGUAGGAGUGUUUGCCAAAGCCACUGCCAAGGACACACCCAAAGCUGCUACUGAGGAGUCAGGUAGGCGUGCUCAGUGUUUUAAUAUACUUGAUGAUCCCAUAUUUUGUUUUUUUUUCUUGCUGGUGUGUUGCAUUGGGUUUGUCUGAAAUGUCUGCACAUUU